AUGAUAAUUAUUAAACAAUUGGAUACAAAUGCUUCCCACUCUGAGAAGCAUGAUGAUACAAAUGAUGUGAUUGAUCUAGAGGAUGGUAGCUCUGAUGAUCAAGAGGAAAGCUUACUUCAUCACCUAAAGCCAAGUGUGGCUAAAUGCAUGAAGACUCGCAAAGGAAGAUCUGUGGCUGAACUUAUGUCAACUAGAAAAGCUAUGAAGACUGCUGGCAUUGGUCCCUCCAAACCAUGGAGCAAGGUUGAAGUAAAGAAGGGGAAGGUCAAAGAUGAUUCUGAGCCUGAAGAGGAUGUUGAGGAAGAUGUCCCUGACAUCUCGCCUGUGAAGAAAACCACUGUUAGGAAGUCUUCUGGUAAAGUCCAUGAUGUUCAUUUGGAUAACAUCUCCUUCCAUCUUGAAGAUGGACCUGCGAAGUGGAAAUUUAUGAUUCAGAGAAAGGUGGCUGUGGAAAGGGAGUUGGGAAAAGAUGUUGUUGAUGUCAAGGAGGUCAUGCACCUGAUAAAAGUUAAUGGGUUGUUGAAGACUAUUGUUGGGUUCUCUCAAUGCUAUGAAGGUUUAGUGAAGGAGUUUAUUGUUAACAUUCCUGAGGAUAUUUCUAAUAAGAAAAGCAAGGAAUUUUGCAAGGUGUAUGUGAGGGGUAAGUGUAUAUCAUUUUCUCCUACUGUUAUUAAUAAUUUUCUAGGCAGAGAUAAUGAGGGUGCAGGAGAACUAGAAGUUACAGACAAUCAGGUCUGUAGGGAGAUCACAGCUAGGCAGAUGAACGUUUGGCCUGUUAAAAAGCAUCUUCCUGUUGGGAAGUUGGCUGUCAAGUAUGCUAUCUUGCACAAAAUAGGAUCCGCUAAUUGGGUCCCUACCAACCAUAUCUCCACCAUUGCUAAUACCUUUGGAAGGUUUAUUUUUGCUGUUGGAACAAAAGUGAAAUUUGACUAUGUUAAGCUGCCAAUUGCCUUUCCCUUUAUAAUCUGUGGAAUUAUCUUGAAUCAACACCCUGGUAUUCUGUGCUCUAAUGACUUACCUAGUAGAAGAAAACCUGCUCUAUCUGUGCACUAUAAACUGUUUGAAGGCAGUCAUGUCGAGGAUAUUGUCAUGACAUCUGCCAUAAAAAGGCCAGCCUCAAAAGUUGGAACAAUUACGAAGCUUAAGGACACUUGCAAAUAUAUGGGUGAAGGUGUAAGACCCUAA